AUUGACGUCACUUAUCGAUAACUUGUCUGUCUGUCAGCUGCAGCGCCACACGUGCGAUAAUUAUAAAAUUACGCCAGCAACAAAAUGAAGCAGAAAAAGAAGCUGGCUGUCGGUCUCAGUCGCGAGGAGCGUCAGGUGCUUGUCAUCGGUGAAAUCAUACAGGAACUACUAAAGGCACACGAAGACAAGAAAGAUGUGAAUCUGAAUCGCAUGAAAUCGCUAAUAUCAUCGAAAUAUGGACUGGACAGCUCGCCGCGACUUGUGGACAUCAUAGCAGCCGUGCCGCAGGAUGCCAAGAAGAUACUGCUGCCCAAGCUGCGUGCCAAGCCCAUACGAACCGCAAGCGGCAUUGCCGUGGUGGCUGUCAUGUGCAAGCCGCAUCGCUGUCCGCACAUCAAUUUUACGGGCAACAUUUGCGUCUAUUGCCCCGGCGGACCGGACAGCGAUUUCGAGUACUCCACACAAUCGUAUACGGGCUAUGAGCCGACCUCAAUGCGCGCCAUACGGGCACGUUAUGAUCCAUUCCUGCAGACACGCCAUCGCGUCGAGCAGCUUAAGCAGCUGGGCCACUCCGUGGACAAAGUGGAGUUCAUUGUGAUGGGCGGCACAUUUAUGGCCCUGCCGGAGGAAUAUCGUGAUUACUUUAUACGAAAUCUGCAUGAUGCUCUCUCUGGGCACAGCAGCGCUAAUGUUGCGGAAGCGGUGCGUUAUUCCGAGAAGUCCCGGACCAAAUGCAUUGGCAUCACAAUUGAGACUCGGCCGGAUUAUUGCCUGAAGCGUCACAUCUCCGAUAUGCUGAAUUAUGGCUGCACACGCCUGGAGAUCGGCGUGCAGUCCGUCUAUGAGGAUGUAGCCAGGGACACAAAUCGUGGUCAUACGGUGCGCGCCGUUUGCGAGACAUUCAACAUGGGCAAAGAUGCCGGCUACAAGAUUGUCACACACAUGAUGCCCGAUCUGCCCAAUGUGGAUUUUGAGCGCGACAUUGAACAGUUCAUCGAGUACUUUGAGAAUCCCGCUUUUCGCUCAGAUGGCCUCAAAAUCUAUCCCACACUUGUCAUACGUGGCACUGGGCUCUACGAGCUGUGGAAAACGGGUCGCUACAAGUCGUAUCCACCCUCGAUGCUGGUCGAUUUGGUGGCCAAAAUACUGGCUCUGGUGCCACCCUGGACACGCGUCUAUCGUGUUCAGCGUGACAUACCCAUGCCUCUGGUUAGCUCGGGCGUGGAGCACGGCAAUCUGCGUGAAUUGGCUCUGGCGCGCAUGAAGGAUUUGGGCACGGUUUGCCGGGAUGUACGCACACGCGAGGUCGGCAUCCAAGAGAUACACAACAAGGUUCGUCCGUAUGAAAUCGAGCUGAUAAGACGCGAUUAUGUGGCCAACGGCGGUUGGGAGACGUUCAUCUCAUACGAGGAUCCCGAGCAGGAUAUACUUGUGGGCCUGUUACGCUUGCGCAAAUGCUCACCGGACACCUUCCGGCCGGAACUGCAGGGAGAGUGCUCCAUUGUGCGCGAACUACACGUUUACGGCUCUGUAGUGCCGGUCAGCUCACGUGAUCCAACCAAGUUCCAGCACCAGGGCUUUGGCACGUUGCUCAUGGAGGAGGCGGAGCGUAUUGCCCGCGAGGAGCAUGGCAGCACAAAGAUCGCGGUCAUCUCGGGUGUCGGUACGCGCAACUAUUACCGCAAACUGGGCUACACCCUAGACGGCCCCUACAUGUCCAAGUCACUCUCAAAACAAUACAAUUAUCGCUCUUAAUUUGUCACCUAGAUAUAUGUAUAUAAUUAUUAUAUAAUGCUUGUUGUUCUGGGCUUGAGAUAAAUAGAUAUAUUCCUUAUUGAAGAAAGGA